AAUUAUAUCCUCUGAUAUGACAAUUACUGUACUCAAUAUUUUAUUUUAUAUAUUCACAGUAGCUACUUGUUGCGAUGGUAUCUUAUACAUGUACGACUGUAUUGGACUUAUGCAAGGAAUAUUUUUUACUUUUUAUAAUGGCAUAUAUCAGUUAACUAUUCUUUGUAUAUGCGUACUCUCUCUGAUAAUUUACCGUUAAACAACGAUAAAUAAAAACAAUCUUUUAUUUGCUAUUUUUGAAAAGAUUUGUGUGUAUUUCUUUUAAAUAAUUAUGCAAUCGACUAACGGGAUUUUUAUUAAAUGACAUUCAAAUCCCAUAAUACGUGAAACCCUUCGUAAAAACAAGGUGCAAAUCCGCUCUUUAUUACUCUCCUUUACAUGUGUCGCUCUGUCGCUGGCGGGAGGCUACAACCGAUGGCACGGUCGAGGUCGAUCUACUCCAGCUCCGGUAAGAAUCCCAUACAUACUGUAACCCUCUCCACAAGUGCAACCCUUACUUCAAAGUGUGCCUGACGUCGCCGAACCACAGAUGCACAACCAACCUUAUUCAGACAUCGUCAGUGGACAACAUGCACGAGCUGGUGAACGCUCUCAACUUGACAUACAUUCGCCCAAACCCUAUACCGUUCCAUCUUCAGAUUCGGUACCCAGUCCGCGUGCAUGUGGAGAUCUGGAACGGUUACGCUGUUAACAUGGUAAAUGACACACUAAUUGACAAGGUGGACUUCACCAUUCGCGCGCUUAACGAAACGCGCAACCACACAGCGCACGCCCGGGGCGUAAACCAUAAGGCAAGUAUUGAUUUGUACAUAGAUGUUACCUGCGACGUGGAUUUCUAUGGCCCCGCAUGUGGGACGCACUGUCUUGCGCCACCAUACGGCACAUGCGAUUCCCACGGUCGCGUACACUGCAAAACCGGUUACACAGGUCCGCAGUGUAAUAAAAUUGUACCGAUAAAUACAAAUAGCCAUACUUCAUUUCCCUUACGCACAACAGUAAGACCAACAACAAUGAAACACACUACAGUAAGACCAACAACAAUGACACGCACAACAGUAAGACCAACAACAAUGACACGCACAACAGUAAGACCAACAACAAUGACAAGCACAACAGUAAGACCAACAACAAUGACACACACAACAGUGAGACCAACAACAAUGACACGCACAACAGUAAGACCAACAACAAUGACACGCACAACAGUAAGACCAACAACAAUGACACGCACAACAGAAAGACCCACAACAAUGACACGCACAACAGUAAGACCAACAACAAUGACACGCACAACAGUAAGACCAACAACAAUGACACACACAACAUUAAGACCAACAACAAUGACACGCACAACAGUAAGACCAACAACAAUGACACGCACAACAGUAAGACCAACAACAAUGACACGCACACCAGUAAGACCAACAACAAUGACACGCGUAACAGUAAGACAAACAACAACGACACGCACAACAGUAAGACAAACAACAAUGACACGCACAACAGUAAGACAAACAACAAUGACACGCACAACAGUAAGACCAACAACACUGACAUGCACAACAGUAAAACAAACAACAAUGACACGCACAACAUUAAGACCAACAACAAUGACACGCACGACAGUAAGACCAACAACAAUGACACGCACAACAGUAAGACCAACAUUUAUGACACGCACAACAGUAAGACCAACAACAAUGACACGCACAACAGUAAGACCAACAACAAUGACACGCACACCAGUAAGACAAACAACAAUGACACGCACAACAGUAAGACCAACAACAAUGACACGCACAACAUUAAGACCAACAACAAUGACACGCACAACAGUAAGACCAACAACAAUGACACGCACACCAGUAAGACCAACAACAAUGACACGCACAACAGUAAGACCAACAACAAUGAAACGCACAACAGUGAGACCAGCAACAAUGACACGCACAACAGUAAGACCAACAACUAUUACACUCACAACAGUAAGACCAACAACAAUUACACUCACAACAAUACGGCCAACAUCAAUGAAACAAACAACAGAAAGGCCAGCAGCAUUGAAUAACACAACUGUACUGCCAACCUCAAUUAAUAACAGAACAGUAAUGUCAACGUCAAUCAAUAACAAAACUGUAAUGCCAAAAUCAAUAAAUAGCACAACAAAUUGGCCAACAUCCUUGAGGCACACAACUGUAACACCAGCAUCAUCGACACACUUAACUGUUACACCAACAGCAAUUAAACAUUCUACAGUACCACCACCAACAAUUAAUCAUACAAAUGUACCUUCCACAACAAUCAAAAACCCAACUGUAGCAAUAACAACAAUGAAACACUCAACUAUAGCACCGACAGAAAUGAAACACACAACUGCAGCACCGACUACAAUGAAACUCACAACUAUAGCACCAACAACAAUGAAACUCACAACUGUAGCACCAACAACAAUGCAACUUACAACUGUACCAUCGACAACAAUAAAUCUCACAACUGUAGCACCGACAAUAAUUAAACUUACAACUGUAGCACCGACAACAAUGAAACUUAAAACUGUAGCACCGACACAUAUGAAACUCACAACUGUAGCAUCGUCAACAAUGAAACACCCAACUGCAGCCUUAACACCAAUGCAACACACUACUUUUACACCAACAUCAAUAAACCACAUCACAAUAAGCACAAACACAGCGACAAACAUACAAACCAGACAUGUGUCAAGAGUACAAACCAAUAGUCGAGAGCCAAAAACAGCCAACAGAUCAAUUUCAAAUCAUACACUCACUUAUAAAACGGGAAACUCAACAAUCAACAUCGCAGAACGAACAGAAACCGCCCUACACUCCCCGACGACGCUUGCAGUGAACAACAAAACGACAAAACCAGCAGAGAUCCACACGACACCACUUACAGUGAAUAAUACAUCUAUCAUCCGAACAUCAACACCUCUCACAGUAAAUCACACAACUAUCAAACCAACAUUCGUCCGCACUAUAACACCUCUUACAGUCAAUCACGCAACUAUCAAACCAACAUUCGUCCGAACAUCAACACCUCUCACAGUAAAUCACACAACUAUCAAACCAACAUUCGUCCGCACUACAACACCUCUUACAGUCAAUCACACAUCUAUCAAACCAACAUUCGUCCGCACUACAACACAUCUUUCAGUCAAUCACACAACUAUCAAACCAACAUUCGUCCGCACUACAACACCUCUUACAGUCAAUCACACAUCUAUCAAACCAACAUUUGUCCGAACAUCAACACCUUUCACAGUAAAUCACACAGCUAUGAAACCAACAUUCGUCCGCACUACAACACCUCUUACAGUCAAUCACACAUCUAUCAAACCAACAUUUGUCCGCACUACAACACAUCUUUCAGUCAAUCACACAACUAUCAAACCAACAUUCAUCCGUACUACAACACCUCUUACAGUCAAUCACACAUCUAUCAAACCAACAUUCGUCCGCACUACAACACCUCUUACAGUCAAUCACACAACUAUCAAACCAACAUUUGCCCGCACAUCAACACCUCUUACAGUCAAUCACAAACCUAUCAAACCAACAUUCGUCCGAACAUCAACACCUCUCACAGUAAAUCACACAACUAUGAAACCAACAUUCGUCCGCACUACAACACCUCUUACAGUCAAUCACACAUCCAUCAAACCAACAUUCGUCCGCACUACAACACAUCUUUCAGUCAAUCACACAACUAUCAAACCAACAUUCAUCCGCACUACAACACAUCUUACAAUCAAUCACACAACUAUCAAACCAACACUCGUCCGCACAUCAACACAUCUUACAGUCAAUCACACAACUAUUAAACCAGCAUUCGUCCGCACUACAACACCACUUACGGUCAAUCACACAUCUAUCAAACCAACAUUCGUCCGCACAUUAACACCUCUUACACCCAAUCACACAUCUAUCAAACCAACAUUCGUCCGCACUACAACACCUCUUACAGUCAAUACCACAACGACUAAAACAAUAUUCGUCCAUACAUCAGCUUCAAUUACAGUCAAGCACACAUCUACCAAAACAACAUCAGUACACAUAACACCACUUACAGAAAACCAAACAACGACGAAACCAACAGUUUUCCACACAACAACAACACCUAAAGUCAAUCACACAUCACCUACACCAACAUUCGGCCUCACAACAUCACUGACAAAUAAUAACAUAACUACCAUACCUACAUUUGUCGACACAACAACACCAUAUACUGUCAAUAACACGUCGCAAAUACGAACAUUAGUCCGCACAACGGCACUUAAAGUCAAUCACACAACGACAAAACCAAUAGUUGUGUACACAACACCACUUACAGUCAACCACACAAUGGCAAACCCAACCAUUGACCACACAACAACAAAACCAACAUCAAACUAAACUACUGCAAAAUCAGUUCCUAUCCACACAACGAAAAAAAUAACACCAAACAUCACAACGGCGAGACCACCGGCAAACAAAACGAUUGCUCACAGAACGACAAAACCAUUAGCCAACGACACAGCGGAAAGCUUUACAGUGAACACAGCAACACUUUCUCUCACUUCACGCGAAUCUUCGUAUACUAAAAAGCCAAGUGACGGAAGCAAAGAAGCACAACAAACGGGUGUCUCA